CGCCCCAUCAAUGCAACCGCAACCCACUAUCCAGGCUACUUACACUACUCCAGCGGCUACUCCAGGCUCUAGACUCCUACAAGUCCCCCCCUUCUCCAAAACCCACAGCCCACAUGAUUGUUUGUCGUAUGCAAGUGAACAACGCCAUUACAUACAAGCCAUGCCAGUAGUCAAGAAGCAUUCUGUUGACCGUUCUUAUACUUUGUACUGUUCUCACUGUUGUCGUUGCUCUUACCGUUCUUACUUAUACGCUUCCUGUGGCCAUUAAUAAGUGUUGUGCGUUGUUAUGUGCCGCAAGAGCCACAAUUAUUCCAGGAUUUCUCCAACUUACCGUCACCCCCGUGGGUCAAGAGCUUCCUAUCAACACCAGCCUUCUCCUCCUCUUGCCCUGAAACCGGCGCGCGGUCAAUAUUCAUCAAGGCACAGCACAGGCCAAGGGAGAGUGUGUGCAUGUUAUCUAUCACAUAUUCGCUGCUGCUUCCCCUCCUUCGACCACCGCCGUUCACUAUCGCUCUAAUCUCUCUAUCCCACCCUGUUCUGUCCCUCCUCUCCUUGCGUCCUCGACAGGCCUGGCAUACUCUCAAUGUCCACCCAACCACCACUGCGACGUCGAUUCUUACCGAUUCCCAUAGAGACGACAUUCAAGUCCCACAAGCAGCUCACAAUCGAUUCAAUUGAUCCGAGUACCCACGACACCGACCCGGCGGGCGAAGACUCCAAUCCCACUAUCCGCGUGCAGCUAGAUGAGCCACCGAAACGCCGAUUCCUACCUCAACCCAUCGAGACCACCCGACGCAGCAACCGUGCGACAGCGGUGAAGCCAGCGGAAGAUAACUUUAUUACGACUACCCAAGACGUUCCACCGGCUGUAGUAGAGUCUCCACCGCGGAGGAGACCUCGGUUUGCCCCCCAACUCAUCGAAACCACGAGGCGGUCAAAGCGAGUCAACGAUGUCCACCACACACCACCAGAGAGAACAGACGUCACGCCUGGGACGAACCACACAUACCAGUCAGGAGGGAGAUCCAGGACGAAGCCAGAUCAGCACCUACUAUCGCCACACGACAUCCGAGCCAGCAGUUUACCACCGCCUCUCCGCCCUUAUCGGCAGGGGUCGAUGAGGCCGCACCCGAACACCCGUCGGGGCACGCGAUACAAUUCAUACCACCCGGAAAUAGGCUCGCCGCUCUCAGACUCGAAUUCCUACACCACGGAAGAAGAGGCCGAUAACGCGGAGAGCACACCCUCGCUGACCGAGUCGUUCGGGUCCUCGGAGGAUUCGAACCGCCUACAGAUGGCCCGCACGAGGGAGAGCUGCGAUGAGAAUUACACGGGCUAUCUACUGACGCUCGCGGCGGAGCAAGCCGAGGAACAAUUACGGGAGAGGCAGCUGCGCGAGCAGGAGUUGGUGGCUUACGUGAAUAGCGACUUCCACGACCCUGUCUCGCAUUUCUAUGACCUCGAGAGCGAGGUGGGGUCGGAUGAGGAUAGCGGUCCAAUACUACUACCGCAUGAGAAGGUGGCGCGGAAGAGAUCUACGGUUUCUGGAUUCACGGCGGCAGAGCUCCAGCAACAUGAAGAGUCGCUGGCACGGAUGCGGGCCGAAGAGACGUUUAGGAUGGUUGCAGAGGAGGCAGCCAAGCCCUCCUUCCAUGACCCUUUCUGGACGAAUGGCAUCAACGAUAAGGGCAUCCUCGCCGCUAUCCCGAAGGACGAGGAGCUGAAAGUCAUGCGCGAGGCUGCCAGCCCGCCCAUGCUAGGAGAAGACCUCAUAUUCCGAAUGUGCCCCUCCCCCAAAUUCACCCGAUUCGAAACCGACCAACGCAUCGAGGCCCCACCCCCCAAGAAAGACGACGGCGGCGGCCUCUGGGGCGGCUACUGCGUCGCCGAAGACCCAAGCCAAUGCAUCGCCCCCCACCACCGCCACCCCAAUCUCCUCGAGACCCCCGACAACGAGCGCGACGACCCCUUCAACGCACUGAACCUCAAUGACGGUGCUGGGACUGCGGCGCCCAAAUACCACCAAUGUACUCCCAGUCGCGGGAUGCACAUGCUCAGCGGACUCGACGAGCGGCUCAAGGGCGAAGUCGCAAAAGCUAAGCUCGAGGACGCCAUCUGCGUCGAGUUCAACGACACGUUCGUCACGCAGGUGUACAACUACCUCUCCCUCGGCUACCCGAUGCUGGCGCGCGAGUACGACGAAGAGCUCGCGCACAUCUCGCAUAUACCCUCCGCCGAGCUGCGCGUUGAUGACGACGUCAAGGCGCCGGUGGGGAAUGUGGGCAUCAAGCCUGGGACGGGACUCACGGAUGCUACCGGGGCGGUAGGCGUGGGAACUCCGAGGUGGAUGGCGCUGAAGAGGUAUAUCCAUGAGUGGGCGCGCCAGCACCCGAAUCUGUCGACGAAUACGGGGGAGCCGAUCGCGUGGGGCGUGAGGGCGAGGAGAGGGAGCUGGGCUAUCUGAUCUAGAUUGAGGGCUGGCUGGCUGGCUGAUUGCCCUGGGGAUGGGGCCGGCUCACAUGAGCAGAGCGUAUGGGAGAGAUACGUACGUACGUUGUGUGUAGAUUUUUGCGAACGACGACAAAUUGAACAAUGGCGUUGAGUGAGCGAGCGAAUGAUGCCGGGUUGGGGGGUUUUUUUAUUUGAUGUUCAGGGUCUGUCUGGGCAGCGGAGGCGUUUUGGUGCGCGUUUCAGCGGUACUUGGGGUUUUUUCAAAGCGGAUUGAGUUGUUUAUUUGGGAGACCCUCUCUCUCUCUCUUGGUGAGGGGGGUUGGAUUGAGCGUCUGCAUGGUCUGCGUCGAGGGCGUUGAGAUGGGGUAGACCGUCGGUCUUCAUAUCCAUGAGUUGGUCGUUGUAGACUGUCUCCGUCGGGACGAGCUGGGUCUUAUGGGGGGGUAGAUAGGAGGCUUAAACACCCCCGGGGGGAAGAUGGGGGUGAGGCUCGGCGCGAUAUUGGGUUGCACGAUGGGCAGCGUUGCAUCACGGAGGCAGGGCCAACCAGUCAGUCAGUCAAGUCAGUUGGCCACGACCUUUAAGCCUCUUACUACGAUUUUACGUGGGGAGGGGGAGAGGCACGCGAUGCAGGUUGAUGGCUAGUUCUGCACCGCGCGCACGCCGCGCUUUUUGGAUGGAUGGAACGGCGGCGGCGGCGCGGGGGGAAGGG